GUUACCGCUUAACGGUACUAACCCUUAAGAGCUCCAUUUCAUUCUUCAGCUGAGCAUACGGGAGGUGCUUGGAAAUGUCCCAUAAACGCAAGUACCGCAAGGUUGCACCAAAGGCUGACAUUGUGGCUUCGGCGACGAUAAUCGCACCAGAUCUUUUAUCUUUGUCUAUCCAAGCAUACGAGGCUACUAUCAUCCGUGGCUCACAGUCUCUCUCAACAGCACUUUCUCUUGAGGCGCCGCAUCAUUCAACUUUGGAGGCCGAUGCAAGUGACCCUCAAAUCGGUAAUGCUCUCAUACAAUGGGGUGCUAGCACAAGAAAUUUUCAACCUCUUAACUCCGAUUCGUCUUUUCCCGAAGUGUCAGACGACAAAGCUACUUGGGUGGACAGAUAUGAUGCUCGUCUUCUGCUUGAUGCCCUCCCAGAGCAUGCAAGCUCAAGUGCAUCUCAGCCAAGGUCUCUGUCCCCAACCGGAUGGUCAGACUUGCCGUCUGACACUGAGGAUCUUUUUUUCUUUACACCGCAUGAAAUUGAGGACUACCGACGCGAGAAACGUAGGCGUCUUAUUGACCGAAACAGAGAGGAUCGCCUGAAGGCUCUUGCCGCGACCGAUGAAAGCGAACAGUUGGAUCUUUGGGGAGGCAGUGAUGAAGAGCCCGAUGAUGCUCAUUCAGAGCUCAUGAAAAGAACAGCGCUACACCUUCUCUCGUCUCCUAAUCCUGCACAACUGGAGAUGCGCAUUCUUGCAAACCACGGUGCAGAUACAAGAUUUGCAUUUUUAAGGGGACGGUGGUCACGAGCCUGGCGCAUGACUAAGGAGAAGCUCAGACAAGAUAAAGUCGACCAAUCAGCUCAAUCGCUACUCGCUUCACGGAACGUAGGUCUGGGAGGACUCGCUGCGUAUGGAGAUAGCGAUGAUGAAGGUAACGAGGGAGAGUCUGAGAGUGGGGAAAUGUCUCCCCUAAAGAACCAUAAUAUACGGUUGGAGGCUGAACAGGAGGCUCGGCGCGCUAGAGCUAGGGAUUGGGCUGCACAACGCCGUGCGCGACAAGGUCAAACAUUGAUUAUAGAUGAAGACCGGGCGAGCACCCAAGAUUCAUAA